AGAAAUAGGCAGUGCUUCCAGCCUCCGGACCCCUACCCAUUUUUCGAACGCGUCCCGCGCAGCAAGCUCCCCAGCAACCAGUAUACCCCUCCCCGCAAAAUGUCUCUCACGAUACCGAAUGCCCCGAAUGCCGGGCUCUUCAAGAAAGGCUACCAGAACUACGACGCCGAAGAUGGAGCCGUUCUCCGCAACAUCGAUGCCUGCCGCACAAUCGCCCAGACCGUUCAGACCUCCUUGGGACCUUAUGGCCGGAACAAGAUUGUCGUAAACCACCUCCAGAAAAUGAUCCUGACUUCAGAUGCGGCAACAAUAUUGCGAGAGCUCGAAGUCGUCCACCCGGCGGCGAAGCUUCUGGUCAUGGCAAGCCAGCAGCAGGAGGCGGAAAUGGGAGAUGCGACGAACAUGGUCAUCGUGCUGGCGGGGGAGUUGCUCAAGAAGGCGGAGGAGCUGCUGAGAAUGGGCCUGAAGACCAGUGAUAUUGUUCUGGGCUACGAGAAGGCGCAAGAUGCUGCGCUGAAAGCUUUGGAAGAGUUGGUUUGCGACAAGGUACACGAUAUCAGGUCACAGGAGGAGCUCAGCAAAGCCAUCAGGACUGUAGUGGCCGCCAAACAGUCCGGCAGCGAAGACUUCCUCGCCAAUCUCGUCGCAGAAGGCGUCCUUGCCGUCCUUCCCAAAAACCCGGUAAACUUUAAUGUGGACAACAUUCGGGUGGUGAAGAUCAUGGGCGGUAGUCUGGAGCAGAGCAAGGUUGUAAAGGGCAUGGUGUUUGCACGCGAACCGGAGGGCACUGUUAAGAAGGCACACAAAGCGAAGGUCGCGGUAUUCUCGUGUCCUGUCGACAUCUCGCAGACGGAGACGAAGGGCACCGUGCUUCUGCACAAUGCAAAGGAGAUGCUGGACUUUACCAAGGGCGAGGAGCACCAGAUUGAAAAUAUCAUCAAGGAGCUCCACGAUUCCGGCCUCCGCGUCAUCGUCGCCGGCUCGACGGUUGGCGAACUCGCCAUGCACUACCUCAACCGCUACAACAUACUCGUCAUCAAAGUCCUCUCCAAAUUCGAACUUCGCCGUCUCUGUAGAGUGGUUGGCGCUACUCCGCUUGCUCGGCUGGGCGCUCCCAUGCCUGACGAGAUGGGCACCAUUGACGUAGUCGAGACGCUUGAGAUUGGCGGCGAUCGCGUCACGGUCUUCAGGCAGGAGAACGAGCAGACCCGGACAGCGACCCUUGUUCUCCGCGGCGCCACUCAGAACCAUCUCGACGAUGUGGAACGCGCCAUCGACGACGGCGUCAAUGUUGUCAAGGCGAUUACACGCGAUCCCCGCCUUGUCCCAGGUGCUGGUGCCACGGAAAUGCAGCUCAUUGAGCGCAUUACCACAAUCGCGGAUAAGACGCCAGGCCUCUCGCAAUACUCCAUCAGGAAGUAUGGUGAGGCCUUCGAAGUCAUUCCCAGGACAUUGGCUGAGAGCGCCGGUCUCGAUGCGACUGAAGUCCUCAGCAGACUAUACACAGCACAUGCGGCACAGAAAGGCCGGAAAGACGAUGAGUGGACUGUUGGUGUGGAUAUCGAGAAUAACGAUGACACUGGCAUUUUGGAUGCGAAGAAGAACGGUAUUUUGGACUUGUGGGUAACGAAGAGCUGGGCGAUCAAGCUGGCGACGGAGGCGGCGAGGACGGUGCUUAGCGUAGAUCAAAUCAUCGUGGCGAGGCAGGCUGGUGGCCCCAAGAUGCCAGGCAAGGCACAACAGGGCAAUUGGGAUAACGAUGAUUAGAACCAGAGUAGUGUAGCUGUGUUAUGAGGUAGGAACAGCGAUGGAGCAGUCAAUCGAAUUGAUGAGCAUGAUGAGCCCUG